GUCGUGUAUUAAUAUCACCGUCUCAACUCUCAACCCUAAUUCUUCCCCCAUUCACUUUUACUGUUUUAGGGUUUGCUCUCGUUGUCAAAUUAUUUUGUUAACUUGAAAAUCCUUUUGAAGAUGAGGCCGAUUUUCUGUGGGAAUUUCGAGUACGAGACUCGUCAAUCUGAUUUGGAGAGGCUGUUCGGGAAAUAUGGAAGGGUCGAUCGCGUUGAUAUGAAAUCUGGAUUUGCUUUUGUUUACUAUGAAGACGAACGUGAUGCUGAAGACGCGAUUCAAGCUCUUGACAACAGCCCGUUUGGAUACGACAAGCGCAGGCUCUCAGUAGAGUGGGCUAGGGGGGAACGCGGUCGUCACCGUGAUGGUUCAAAGUCAAUGGCAAACCAGAGACCAACAAAGACUUUGUUUGUAAUAAACUUUGACCCGAUUCGGACACGUGUUCGUGACAUUGAGAAGCACUUUGAGCCUUAUGGGAAAGUCCUUCAUGUUCGCAUCAGACGAAAUUUUGCUUUUGUCCAGUUUGAGACGCAAGAGGAGGCCACCAAAGCCCUUGAAUGCACACACAUGAGUAAGAUUGUUGAUAGGGUGGUGUCAGUGGAGUAUGCAUUGAGGGAUGAUGGUGAGAGAGGGGAGAGUCCUUACAGUAGCAAUAGGAGGUGGCCUAGCCCUUACACUUACAGGAGGAGAGGUAGUCCAGAUUAUGGGCGGGGUGGUGGGGGUGGACGUAGUCCGGUGUAUGAUAGAUACAAUGGACCCUCGUAUGAUCGGGAUCGGGCCCCACAAAGCCCCGGGUAUGGGAGGUAUCGCAGUCGGUCUCCUGUCAGAAGAUAAAGGAAGGGGUUGAAGGUUUAUUAUUAGGAAGAAAGUAUAGAUGGAUGGAUAUGUGGAGAAGUCAGUUUGUUGGAUGAAAGUUGAUUAUUAUUAUUAUGUGGUAUAUUUUGGACUGAUAACAAAUGUGUGUUUGUUUUUAAACAAAUCUAUUAACAAUAUU